UUGUGUAUAAGGUACAAUUAGAAAUUAUUGUACUAAAAUGUACUGAAUAAAUUGCAAAAUAAUCCCAGAAUCAUUUUGCUUUAUCAUAAAAAACUCGAGGUUUUAGUAUACUUGUCUCUAGAAACGUAACCUCUAUAGAGGUUUAUACUUAAGUUGUAAUGGCUACUGAUAAAGUAACUUUGGGUGAUGCCUUAUCCAAUGUUGAUGUACUUGAUGAAUUUACAUUACCUGAUGAACAACCUUGUAUUGAAGCACAACCAUGUUCUGUAGUAUAUCAAGCCAAUUUUGAUACUAAUUUUGAAGAUAGAAAUGGCUUUGUUACUGGGAUUGCUAAGUACAUUGAAGAAGCUACUGUUCAUGCAAGUUUGAAUGAAUUAUUAGAAGAAGGUUUGAAGCAUGCUGUAAUGUUAUAUACUUGGAGAUGUUGUUCUCGUGCAAUACCUCAGCCAAAAUCAAAUGAACAGCCCAACAGAGUAGAAAUUUAUGAGAAAACAGUAGAAGUAUUAGCACCAGAAGUAAAUAAAUUAUUAAAUUUUAUGUAUUUUCAAAGAAAGGCAAUUGAAAGAUUUUCUGGAGAAGUGAAACGUUUGUGUCAUCAUGAAAAAAGAAAAGAUUUUGUUUCUGAAGCAUAUUUACUCACUUUAGGAAAAUUUAUCAAUAUGUUUGCAGUUUUGGAUGAACUUAAAAAUAUGAAAUCUAGUGUAAAAAAUGAUUAUUCCACAUACCGAAGAGCUGCUCAGUUCCUUAAAGUGAUGUCUGAUUCUCAAACAUUACAAGAAUCUCAAAAUUUAUCAAUGUUUUUAGCUACACAAAAUAAAAUUCGUGAUACAGUCAAAGAAAAUUUAGAAAAAAUUCCAGGAUAUGAAGAAUUACUUGCAGAUGUUGUUAAUAUAUGUGUUCAUAUGUUUGAAACUAAAAUGUAUUUGACUCCAAAUGAAAAACACAUGUUGGUAAAAGUGAUGGGAUUUGGUUUAUUUUUAAUGGAUAGUGAGCUUUGCAAUAUCAAUAAGUUAGAUCAGAAAAAGAAAUUAAAAUUAGAUAGAAUUGAUAGAAUUUUCAAAAACUUGGAAGUAGUGCCAUUGUUUGGUGAUAUGCAAAUUGCACCUUUUAAUUAUAUCAAACGAUCUAAACAUUUUGAUGCUUCAAAAUGGCCAUUGUCUUCUUCAUCAAAUAGUAUGAGUCCACAAGCAGAUCUUAUGGUACAUCUUCCACAAAUUAGGGAAGAUCAUGUUAAAUAUAUUAGUGAAUUAGCAAGAUACAGUAAUGAAGUAACUACGACAUAUAAGGAAUGUGGCAGUGAUGCGGAAAAUCGAGAAACUGCAGAAUUAGCGUUACGUGGAUUACAAUUACUUUCUCAGUGGACAAGUGUAGUAACAGAACUUUAUAGUUGGAAACUUCUACAUCCUACUGAUCAUCAUAUGAAUAAAGAAUGUCCCCAGGAAGCUGAAGAAUAUGAAAGAGCUACGCGUUAUAAUUAUACAGAUGAAGAAAAAUUUGCUCUGAUAGAAGUAAUUGCAAUGAUUAAAGGAUUACAAGUAUUAAUGGCGCGUAUGGAAACAGUUUUUAUUGACGCAAUACGUAGAAACAUAUAUGCGGAAUUACAAGAUUUUGUUCAACUUACAUUGCGAGAACCAUUACGUAAAGCAAUUAAAAAUAAAAAGGAUCUUAUUAGGAGUAUCAUUGUGUCAGUACGAGAAACUUGUGCUGAUUGGCAUUUUGGAGUAGAACCAUUAGGAGAUCCUGCAUUAAAAGGAAAGAAGGAUCCUGAUAAUGGAUUUGGUAUUAAAGUACCACGUCGAAAUGUUGGACCCUCUUCAACACAACUAUAUAUGGUCCGUACUAUGUUAGAAUCAUUAAUUGCGGAUAAAAGUGGCGGAAAACGUACUUUGAGGAAGGACAUUGAUGGCCAAUACCUUGUGCAAAUCGAUCAAUUUCAUAAAACUAGUUUUUAUUGGAGUUACCUCUUAAAUUUUAGUGAAUCAUUACAAGAUUGUUGUGACUUAUCCCAAUUGUGGUACAGAGAAUUUUAUCUAGAAAUGACCAUGGGUCGGAAGAUACAAAAAUGCCAAGUUCGUCACCAGCAUAAUGAAGAGUGCAGCGAUCUGAUUACCAUGGAGAAACGUAUUCAAUUUCCAAUUGAAAUGUCCAUGCCAUGGAUUUUGACUGAUCAUAUAUUACGAAGCAAGGAACCAUCAAUGAUGGAGUACGUUUUAUAUCCACUUGACUUAUACAAUGAUAGUGCAUUAUAUGCUUUGACAAUAUUUCGUAAACAGUUUCUUUAUGAUGAAGUAGAGGCUGAAGUAAAUUUAUGUUUUGAUCAAUUUGUUUACAAGCUUAGUGAACAAAUUUUUGCUCACUAUAAACAACUUGCUGCAAGUAUAUUGUUAGAUAAAAGAUUUCGAGUAGAAUGUGUUGCGUUAGGAGCGUAUUUGCUUCCAUAUCCUCGUGCUAACAGAUAUGAAACUUUAUUAAAACAAAGACAUGUUCAGUUACUUGGAAGAAGUAUUGAUUUGAACAAAUUGAUUACGCAACGCAUUAAUGCAGAUAUGCAAAAGUCAUUAGAUUUAGCAAUUAGUAAAUUUGAAUCUGGCGAUAUAACGGGAGUUGUGGAAUUGGAAGGACUUUUACAAGUGAAUCGUCUUACUCAUAAACUUUUAAGUAAAUGGCUUGCAUUAGAUGAAUAUGAUGCUAUGUUUCGUGAAGCAAAUCAUAAUGUUUUAGCCCCAUAUGGAAGAAUCACUCUUCAUGUAUUUUGGGAAUUGAAUUAUGACUUUUUACCGAAUUAUUGUUAUAAUGCAGCAACGAAUAGGUUUGUAAAAUGUCGUGGACUUCAAUUUGUACAAGCAGUACAUAGAGAUAAACCUCCUCAAAUGUCUCAUCAUUAUCUUUGGGGAAGUAAACAAUUAAAUUUAGCAUAUAGUACACAAUAUGGGCAAUAUUCGGGAUUUGUUGGACCACAACAUUUCCGUACAAUGUGUAAACUUCUUGGAUAUCAAGGUAUUGCAGUAGUAAUGGAAGAACUUUUAAAAAUUGUGAAAUCUCUAAUUCAAGGAAGUUUACAUCAAUUUACUAAGACAUUAAUGGAGGCUAUGCCAAAAGUUUGUAAACUUCCAAGAUACGAUUAUGGAUCCCCAGGAGUUUUGGGAUAUUAUCAUGCUCAAUUAAAUGACAUUGUGCAAUAUCCAGAUGCUAAAACGGAACUUUUUCAUAAUUUUCGCGAGUUUGGUAACACAAUCUUAUUUUGUCUUUUAAUGGAACAAGCUUUAUCACAAGAAGAAGUUUGUGAUUUGUUACAUGCAGCACCAUUUCAAAAUAUAUUACCAAGACCAUAUUGUAAAGAGGGUGAAAAACCAGAGACUAAACAAAAACGACUUGAAGCAAAAUAUGCAGCUUUACAAAUCGUCCCCAAUGUAGAUAAUUUAGGUACAGCUAAACAAGCAAUGAUUGCCAGAGAAGGAGAUUUAUUAACCCGAGAACGGCUUUGUUGUGGUUUGUCUAUAUUUGAAGUAGUGCUCAGUAGACUACGUAGUUUCUUAGAUGAUCCUAUUUGGGUUGGUCCUCCUCCUGUAAAUGGAGUAAUGAAUGUUGAUGAAUGUACAGAAUUUCAUAGAUUAUGGAGUGCAUUACAAUUUGUAUAUUGCAUUCCUGUUGGGGAAACAGAAUUUACUGUUGAAGAACUAUUUGGUGAAGGUUUACACUGGGCUGGAUGUGCUAUGAUUGUAUUACUUGGUCAACAAAGGAGAUUCGAAGCUCUUGAUUUUUGCUAUCAUAUUUUGAGAGUACAACGUGUUGAUGGUAAAGAUGAAAAUGUUAAAGGAAUCCACUUAAAAAGAAUGGUGGAUAGGAUUAGAAGAUUUCAAGUGCUAAAUUCACAAAUUUUUGCUGUAUUAAACAAAUAUUUGAAGAGUGGAGAUAGUGACGCAACAAGCGUUGAACACGUUCGAUGUUUCCCACCUCCAAUUCAUCCCUCACUUGCUCAUGUACAACAGCAACACUAUCAUACACCAGAAUAUUUACGUCAAAUGAAUCAUCAGUGAAAUAAUAUAAGUAUUAUAAGCAAGAAUAUUUAUAAUUUAGUAUAAUCAAGGCUGAAUCUCACUUUUUAAAUUACUUGUAAUAUGAGUUUGGAACAUUUAUCUAAAUUUUCUUAAGGUAAUGUAUGUUACGUUUACAUUAGUGCAUAUAACGUUGAAAUAAGUCAAUUGAA